UCUCUUUUUUUAAACACUGAUGGAGUUCUAAGGUAAUUAAAGCUUCAUUCAUUCAUUCAUGUUGUAUUUUUGUGGUGUCCGUAGAGAGGAUGUUGUAGUUUUCAGUAGCAGACUGGCUGACUGUAGCGUCUGCAUGACAUGAGGUGAAAGGGUCAGAAAUAGCUCGGACUGUGUUUUAGUGUCUCCAUUUGGCUCCGUCAAUCAAAAGCCCAAACAAGAUGGCAGGCUGGGGGAGCGGGCUCUUCUUUCUAACAGUUUGUGCUGCCAGCUUGUUUGGGGCCAGAGCAGAGUUCAAGUUUACUAUAUUUGUGGGGAAGUUAUUCACAUAUGAGUUGAUGAGAGAAACUUUCCAGAGUGACUUAGACCCACAGGGAAAACUUUACGCUGGAAGUUUGUAUGAUGACCCCAUAAUAUUUAAGUGCAAACAGCAGAAUUUCCCGGACCUGCCAGAGUGGCUGCGCUUCAUCCAACGGCACCCUAACGAUAACGGCUUUCUGUACGGCACCCCAACUGCCCCUGGAAAGAGUAUCAUCGAGGUGUACGCAGUCAACAAACGCAGCUACAACACUGCAAAACAAACUCUGGUGAUUAAAAUCGUUGAAGCAAAGAUGCUGCCCUAUCAAGCUGAAUUCUUCAUUGCUCUGCGGGAGAUUGAACGAGUGCUGCCCCCUUCUGUUCAGAAUGAAAUCAAGCUGGACUUGCAGAACUUGUGGAACUCAGAGAGCUUAGAAAUCGUGAACAUGACGAACGCCCUCGACCGUGGCGGCAGAGUCCCUCUCCCUAUUGCAGGACACUACGAAGGAGUCUAUGUGAAGGUGGGCUCGCACAAGUACUUCUCCGAGUGUCUUCUGAGGGUCCUGAAGCCAGAGCACCAAAGGCAGUGUGCAGCAGAACCCAGAGCUAAGAGGCCGGGAGGAUGCAACUUUUGCUCCAUACCCAGCAACUGCAUCACCUGGUGCAAAACCAAACUGUUUGACCUCACCAAGCUGGAGCCGGAGCCGCCUGCUCCCACGAUGGGCUCCGGGGUUUUAGAGGCCGGAGGAGACUUCAGUCCUCCCGAUUCUCCCCCAAGUACAGACUACUUCCCGGACUACAUGGUGACGGUGAUCGUGCCCUUGAUUCUCGCCAUCGUCCUCUGUCUGCUGCUGGCUUACAUCAUGUUUGGGAGGCGAGAGGGCGUUGAGAAACGAAACGCAAGGACAGACCAGAUCCAGCUCUACCACCACUACACCAUUCAUGGUAACGCAGACGAGCUGCGGGGCAUGGCUGGGAGCCGGGACGGGCCCCCUCCCCUCUCCACGCUGCCCAUGUUCAACAGCCGAACAGGAGACAGGGCUUCACCGCUGCAUUCUGACGACAUCCCUCUCAUCAUGGCUGAGCAGGAUCCUUACAGUGACACUCUUCCCAGAUGAAGCUGCAUUAUCGUCAAUAACUUCAAUCAAUCUCAUGUUGUCGAUGUUUUUGAGAAGUGUAGAGAAAAAUGAUCCUUUCUCACAUGUUUUAGGCUUUAUGUUUUAAUGAUUUUCUUGAUUUGAAUACAAUCACCAAUAAAUAAGUUGUGUGCCGUGUAA